UUUCUGCGAGAAAGGAACAAGAGCCUCGUGCCAAAACGGUAAACGCGUCGAGGUGGGCGAUUUCCCUUCCAGUCUUUUCUCUCGGGUUGAUUUAUUGAUCCGCAGUGAUCAGGCGCAUAUCCAAUUUGCACGUUAGUCCGUCCACGCGCGAGUGCGUCGCGGACUGAGUUGUAACUUUGUAUCUACAGUAGACGUUUUAUUUGAAUUGCAAAUCGCAAAGCAUAGUCGCUGGAUAAUCAUAUCAGAUUUUAACCUCUUCAAACCAACGAGCUACAAUGUCACACGUUGACACAGGGACGACAAAUGACUCGGACAACAAGACUGAAUCAGCCCAAGACAGUUCUCCCGGGGACAUGGAGGUCCCCAAAACAAAAUUAUUUGAUGCCAAGGCUAUCUUAUGGACAUUUGGGAAAUGUCUCACCGCCUUGCUGCCCGUCUACCUAGCUGGUUACUAUCGCAUGAGCACUAGUUUGGUGGUGUGCGGGAUGAUGGUUUACUCAGGAUGGAAACAUACUCGUGAAGCGAAGGAAGCGAGACUCAGAUCCGCAAUACAGUUAAUCAACGAUGAACAAGAAUACAUGUCCUCCAAAUCAUUUCGAAGUAGAAGAGACCUGCCUUCUUGGGUACAUUUUCCAGAUGUUGAGAAGGUUGAAUGGCUAAACAAGAUAAUCCAGCAGGCCUGGCCAUUUAUUGGUCAGUAUUUGGAGAAGUUGCUCACAGAAACCAUUGCUCCAUCAAUCCGUGGAUCCAGUGCUCAUCUACAGACGCUCAGCUUUACGAAGAUAGACUUUGGUGACAAGGCUAUGAAGGUAGUAGGAGUGAAGACUCAUACAGAAACCGAAAAAGGUCAAAUUCUGCUUGACGUUUACAUCAGUUAUGUAGGGGAUGCUGAGAUAAAUGUGGAGGUGAAACGGUAUUUCUGCAAAGCUGGUGUGAAGGGAAUACAGCUCCAUGGAAUGAUGCGUGUGAUUUUGGAGCCUUUGAUUGGCAACGUCCCGAUCGUGGGCGCCGUGACUAUGUUCUUUAUUCAAAGGCCCAAACUGAAUAUUAAUUGGACUGGUUUGACCAACUUGCUGGACAUUCCAGGACUCAAUGUGAUGUCAGACACUAAGAUCAUGGAUGCGAUUGCCUCAUUCCUGGUGUUGCCCAAUCGUCUUACUGUUCCUCUAGUGCCAGACCUGCAAGUUGCACAACUGCGCUGCCCACUGCCCAGGGGAGUUGUGCGUAUUCACCUGAUAGAGGCAGAUGGUCUGGCCGCGAAGGAUAACAGUGUGAUAGCGGGCAUGUCUGACCCAUAUGCUCAACUCAGAGUGGGACCACAGAGCUUCAAAUCGCGCCAUCUGGACAACACCCUCAAUCCCAAAUGGGGUGAAAUAUAUGAGGUCAUUGUUCAUGAGGUGCCUGGUCAGGAGCUUGAGGUUGAAGUGUUUGACAAAGAUCCCGAUCAUGAUGAUUUCCUGGGCAGGACAAAGUUAGACUUGGGAGUUGUGAAGAAAUCUAAAAUUGUUGAUGAGUGGUUCACUUUGAAGGAUACUCAUACGGGACGGGUUCACCUCAGACUGGAGUGGCUGACACUAGAAGCCAACACAGAGAGACUGGAAGAGGUUCUGAGGAGAAACGAAACUGUGGUGAGUAAAACAGCAGACCCGCCCUCGGCAGCCAUCUUGGCAGUGUAUUUGGACAAAGCAGAGGCGCUUCCUAUGAAGAAAGGCAAUAAGGAACCCAAUCCUAUCGUGCAACUCUCAGUGCAAGAUGUUACUCGUGAGAGCCGGAUUUGCUGGAAUACGGUGAACCCUCAAUGGGAGGACGCUUUCACUUUCUUCAUCAGAGAUCCAAGCAAACAAGACAUUAACAUCCAGGUGAAGGAUAAUGACCGUGUUCAGGCUUUAGGAAGUCUGUCCAUCCCUGUUUCCCGUCUUCUGUCUUGUCCUGAUCUGACUCUAGAUCAGUACUUCAAUCUUGACAGCUCUGGCCCAGAGAGCCGCAUCCACAUCAACACAGUGCUCAGGGUGCUCUGGUUGGAUGAAGAUGCUGUUACAUCCUCUCUACUUUCCAGCGACCCUCUUUCAAAGAGUUACGCCUCACGCCCGCAGACGACCACGCCCCAUUCCAGCUUUGCCACUGAGGGGGUGCUGCGUAUCCACCUUGUGGAGGCUCAGGAUCUGGUUGCUAAAGACAACCUGAUGGGUGGAAUGGUGAAGGGGAAGAGUGACCCCUAUGUCAAGAUCCAGAUUGGAGGUGAAACCUUUAAGAGUCAUGUGAUCAAGGAAAAUCUCAACCCCACCUGGAACGAGAUGUACGAGGUUGUCUUGACAACGCUUCCAGGACAGGAGUUGACGCUAGAGGUUUUUGAUAAGGACAUGGACAUGAAAGAUGACUUUAUGGGCAGACUGAAGCUCAAACUGAGUGAUAUAAUCAGUUCUCAGCACAUUGACAAGUGGUUUUCUCUGAAUGAUGUGAAACGUGGUCGUGUUCAUUUGGCUCUGGAAUGGCUGCCUACUUUAAAACAACCAGACAAACUACAGCAGGUGUUGAUGUAUCAGUCGAAGAGCUCUUUUCUGAAUAAGACUGUGCCAGCUGCCGCUCUGUUGUUUGUGUAUGUUGAGUCUGCCCAUGAAGUUCCUUUAAAGAAGAGCGGCAAGGAACCGAAAGUUGGAGUUGAGCUGAUUUUAGGUGGAAAAUCUUGCAGAACCACGGUCUGUGAUCGUACCAGCUCUCCCCAGUGGGACGAGGCAUUUCAUUUCCUGGUUCAAAACCCUUUAAAGGAAGACCUCCUUGUAAAGUUGUCCCACAAUUGGGAUUUCUCGGUGGGAUCUGUGGUGAUUCCGAUCAAAGAGCUGCUCUCAGAGCCAGAUCUGCUGCUGGACCAGUGGCUCGGUCUGGAAGGAGCUUCACCUCAGAGUCAGAUUCUGCUCAGAGCGCAAUUGAAGAUACUUUGCCCUAAAGUGACCGAGAGUUCUGUAGAGCUGGAUGAACAGUCUAAACAUCUAGAAUCAUCCACUUCCACAAGAAAACAAGAGGAGAAAGUGCAGAAGUCUAGUGCUGAUGUCAUCCCAGAAUCUCCUGUCACUGUUACCUCCUCUGUGUCUGUCCCAGAAGAGGAGAGCAGUGCAAAAGUCCCACAGGUCACAGAAGUAUCCAGCUCAGAUGAUCUUCGACCCCUACGCACCAGCCCUGACCCCAGCUUUGGUACAGAGGGAGUGCUUCGUCUGCACCUACUAGAAGCUCAAAAUUUGGUUGCCAAGGACAACAUGAUGGGUGGAAUGGUGAAGGGGAAGAGUGACCCUUAUGUCAAGAUCCAAAUUGGAGACACAACCUUUAAAAGCCAUGUGAUCAAGGAAAACCUCAACCCCACUUGGAACGAGAUGUACGAGCUGGUUUUGACCUCAAGCUCGACCCCGGAUGUUCUUGUGGAGGUGUUUGAUAAAGACAUGGACAAAGAUGACUUUUUAGGAAGGUUCAAGAUCAAUUUACAGGAAAUCAUUCAAUCUCAGUUUAUGGAGCAAUGGUUUUCUCUGAGUGAUGUAAAGCAUGGCCGUGUUCAUUUAGUUCUGGAGUGGCUGCCCACUGUAACACAACCUGACAAACUGCCAAAGGCUCUGCAGUUACAGUCCAUUCACUCUUACCUGAACAAAUCUGUGCCAUCAGCAGCUCUGCUGUACAUCCUGCUGGAGAGAGCGCAUGACCUGCCGUUUAAGAAGAGUGGAAAGGAGCCUAAAGCUGCCGCGGAGCUGCUUCUUGGUGACAUUUCUCAUAAAACAAAGGUGUGUGACCGCUCCACGUCUCCUCAGUGGAGUGAAGCUUUUUACUUCCUGGUUCACAACCCGAGAGAGGAGACUCUUAUUAUCAAGCUUUCCAGUGCAUGGGAGCAGCCCUUGGGCUCUUUGGUUCUACCAAUCAGAGAGCUGCUUUCAAAACCAGAGCUGCUGAUGGACCAAUGGUUGGGUUUAGAUGGAGCAGGUCCCGAGAGUCAAAUUCUGAUGAGGGCACAGCUUAAGAUUUUGGACUCGAGGAUGGAUGCAAGUGUCUUUGAAAGAAAGAAGUCUGUUAUGGAUGAAGAUUGUUCUGUGGUUGGUCACCAUGAGGAGAAAGAGCCAGCUGUUACUGAACAUUCACAGGCAGCUGUCAGCAAGGAAUCAGAGAAGAAAACCCUACCAAAAAAAGGGUUGAGUGAGCUGGUGGCCUUCACUUUACCAGUUCCUGUAUCACAGCCUGAAAAACAUCACAAACUAACAGACGAUCAUCAUCUUACACCCUCCACUCCUAAAACACAGCUUGAAACCAAGGAUCUCCGCAAAGUUCCUGAUUCCACUGUAGGUGUAACUAGUAAUGUGAUGGCACCAAAUAAAACAUCUGAAUCAAAGUCAACAGCCCAUGAAGUGCAACAAGACACCGAAGAACCAGUAGAACAGUCUUAUAAAAAGGCCUCUCCUAGUGUUUCUGUGGAGGAGUCAAAGGUCACUAGUUCUACAGGCGUACAACCCAAAAAGACUAGCCAUGACCCCAGCUUUGGCACUAAUGGGGUGCUGCGUAUCCAUCUUUUGGAGGCUCAGGAUCUGGUUGCCAAGGACAACCUGAUGGGUGGAAUGGUGAAGGGGAAGAGUGACCCCUAUGUUAAGAUCCAUAUCGGUGACACAACAUUUAAGAGUCAUGUGAUCAAGGAGAAUCUCAAUCCUAUCUGGAAUGAGAUGUAUGAGAUGAUUCUUAGACCUGACAACAAUCUAGAGGUGAAGUUUGAGGUUUAUGAUAAAGAUGUUGAUUCUGAUGAUUUCCUUGGAAGGUUCACCCUCAAACUGGGACAUAUUAUCAGCUCCAAAUACAAUGAUGAAUGGUUUACUUUGAAUGAUAUAAAACAUGGUACAGUCCAUUUGGUUCUGGAAUGGCUGCCCACCGUAACACAGCGGGAUAAAUUGGAACAAGUAAUGCAGAUGCAAAGUGCUCAAAUGUUCCAGAACAAGUCCAUACCUUCAGCAGGGCUGCUGUUUAUUCUGUUAGAAAGAGCACUUGAGCUGCCCUUGAAGAAAAGUGGAAAGGAACCCAAAGCUGCAGCUGAACUUGUGCUUGGAGGAACGUCUUAUAAAACCAAGGUGUGUGAUCGUUCAGUGUCUCCUCAGUGGAAUGAAACCUUUCAAUUCCUGGUUCAUGACCCUAAGAAGGACAUGCUUUUCAUCAAGCUCUCCAGUGCCUGGGACCAACCGAUAGGCUCUUUGGUUCUACCAAUCAGAGAGCUGCUUUCAAAGCCAGAGCUGCUGAUGGACCAAUGGCUGAAUCUGGAUGGAGCUCUACCGCAGAGUCAGAUUCUACUCAGGGCACAAUUGAAGAUCUUGGAUUCCAAGAUGGCGGCUUUGGUAGCCAUGGGUUCAGGCCCAGUGUUGAGUAAUAAACAAACAGCCACCACUGGACAAAUCAAGAUUUCCAUCUCCUUCCAGAAAAAGCUCAUUGUGGCCAUUCAUGCAUGCAGGGGUCUGGUUACAUCAUCUAAGGAUGGAUUGGACACCUUCAUCUCACUUAUUCUACUGCCAGAUAAAAGCAAGGCCACGAAACGAAAGACGAGUGUGAAGAAGAAAAACCUGAACCCAGAGUUCAAUGAAAGGUUUGAGUUUGAUUUGACUGUGGAGGAGGCACAGAAACGAGAGCUCAGUGUGUGUCUGAAAAACGCAUCGUCAUCCUUCAUGCAUCGAGACAAAGACGUGAUUGGCCAGGUGCAAAUAGACCUUGGGCAUGUUGACUUGCUGUCUGGAGUCACAGAAUGGUUUGAUCUUAAAGAAGAGAACAGCUGAACACUGUGCCAUUGACAUCAACCCUAAACGUCUUCCUGAAGUUCAACAGGUCAACAUUGCUGUCAUGUAUCGCUGUUCUAUGCUUUCCUAUUUUUCUCAAAUCAUGUAUUCCAAUCCUUACAUACGUUUGUUUUUGAACAGAUGGUUUGUGAAUGACCAGUUCAUAUAUGAAUAACCUUUGCCGUGUUGCUGUAAACAUACUGUUGCGAUAUUGACAUAUCAAGAGUAUUUGAUCAGAAGUGAUAUAUAAAUCGGUUUAAAUCAGUAUCAGAGCAUUGAAUGUUGAUCUGAUGUAUUCACAGAGAAGAAUAUAAUGCAGGUGUGUGAAGUUUUCAUCUUCCUGUGCAGGUUGCAGGACAAAGUUACAUUUGUUUUUUUGUUUUGUUUUAGAAGGAAGAGUAUGUUUAAAUAUAUAUCUGUUUAAACUGAAAGUGGAUACCAUGAUGGUUAUUGAGUGUUUUAAUGGAUUUUAUUGGAUAUUUUCUAAAUGUUAACGAAUAUAUGAAGGAAUAUAAGUUGAAUGAACCACUCGUUUUUGCAAAGAUUAUGUUGUAUUAUGCAGCCUGUGAGAAAGUCUAUGUAUCUCCAGAUAAAAACAUUUAUAUGUCUUCACCUUGAAUAUCAACACGGCAUAGUCAGAGUUUGUGCUGCUGUCUAGAUGCUUUCAUAUCAAACAUGUCUUGUAGCUUCCAUAGUCCACUGUGAUGCCAAAGCUUUAGUGGCAGUUUAGGCCUUAAAAUAGUAACACUGUGUAGGGACACAAUCGCAAACUUUCAAGCUAUUUGACAGAUUUGUUUUUAUUUAUGGUUUAGUCUUAUUUUUAGCAUUGCCAAGAACUGCUCUGUACUACACAGAUGUAGACCAAAACACAAAAUGCCUUUAAAGAUUUUUUAAUCUAAAAAAAUGCCAUUUAGACUUUUUUUUAUUUAUAUGCAUUUACUUUUCAGUUGUUUCUUUGCAUUCUUAUUGGAGACAUUGUAUUGUACUGGAUUCCUUUUGUUACAUUUAAUCUUUGUGUUACAUAUUUUAAUUUUGUUACAUCACUUGUGUGCGUGUCUUUGUUAUACAUUAAAACAUGCUUUAACCAGGGUUCCUACAGUCAUGGAAAACAUCAUGGGAUUUAAUUAAAUUAAGUCUUUCAGACUGUAUCGUUCUGUUGACAUUUCUUUUUCAGUGAAUCGUCCAAACUGAUUGAUUCAUAAUCCUUAUAAAGUUAUCACCGGAAAAAAAGAUUGGGAGCCCUGUUUUAACACCAAAGACUCAAAAGCACCAUGUUUUUCUGCACUAUGCAAUAUUCACAUCUCUCAAUAAAACUUAUGGCAGACCCUGUCACGAUGUUGUCUUU